AUGAGAGGCACUCCAAUAACCCCUUACGAGUAUUCAUCUGCAAAUGAUAAUGGUGGGGUUCCUGAAAUGAGAGGUGGAGCAGGAAGACCUAGCCCUUAUAUACAACCACCUUCAGCUUGGUUGAAUCAAAGGCCUCCUCUCGAUGUGAAUGUUGCUUAUGUGGAAGGUCGUGAAGAUGCUUAUGUGGAAGGUCAUGAAGAUGGUGAAAGAGGAGGCCCUCAUCAGCCUACAACACGGGUGAUUAUUAUUUAUGGUACAGCUCAAUUUGAUAAGGUGACAAGUACCAAAAGCAGGUCGAAAUGCACUUUGAAGGACGGCAUCAUGCACAAACAAUAA